CGCGGCUCUUGCCCAACUAACACAGAAACCACGUCGACAAACGGGGUUGGUUAGUUUCUGCUGAAGAAACUGUGUCAUCCCUACGCCAAUCAAGCUCCUCAGUCAACCACGACUCCUUCACAUCAUCCAACACAAGCUUCAAAAUUCUUCCCUCGAGGUCCCAUUGCUGGCUCCGAGUCGAACGAAUCUACGUCUGCCAGCCAAUCAUGUGUCCUCAAUACUCCCCCUCGAUGGUCAUGCCGAAACCGGGCUAGACGGAAGUUUCAUGUUCACAUAAAUAUCGGGCACAUUAUGUCGCGCUCGUUUCCUAUCAAAGAUGCAGGCUCGAACUUUCCUUCUGCUUCUGCAACUUGCAGGGCUGGGUCGAUGCUUACUACGAGACGAUCUUCAAGCAGCGGGAGUAACGGCAUUCUAUCCCGGAGGUUCUGGGUACGAUGCAGCCAGCCAAACCUUUAACCGCAGAUAUACUUUCAAACCUGCUGCCGUCGCAUUCCCCACCAGCUCCCGACAAGUCUCAGACGCUGUCAAAGCUGGCGCUGUAAACAAUCUGAAGGUAGUGGCUCGAAGUGGAGGGCAUAACUAUAUCGCGAAUGGGCUCGGAGGCAAAGAUGGUUCAUUAGUCCUGGACUUGAGCCAAUUGAAGAAAAUCACGUUCGAUUCAGCAACUAACACGGCUCUGAUUGAACCCGGAAACAGACUUGGAGAUAUCGCCUUGGCUUUGAAUGAACACGGACGAGCGAUACCUCACGGAAGGUGUACGUAUGUUGGCGUAGGCGGACACGCAGCGGGAGGAGGCUUUGGUUUUAUUUCACGAAUGUGGGGUCUGAAUCUCGAUGUUGUCAAGGCCGCAGAGAUAGUUCUUCCCAAUGGAACUAUCACCACUGUAUCUUCGGAUCAGAACCCAGACUUAUAUUGGGGAAUCCGAGGCGCCGCAUCAUCGUUCGGUAUCAUCACUGCGCUCACAUUCACUACCUAUCCGGUUCCCACUUCAUCCGUAAUCUUUCGAUACGGCUGGGUGUUUGAUAUCGACGGUGCCACAAAUGCAUUUGAAUCUUUCCAGAACUUUGUCGACAAGGGGAUUCCUGCAGAACUUGGAGGCGAGCUGGUCAUCACGCGAGGACCGUCCACUGGUCGAGUCGGUGUUGAAUUUUUUGGCGCAUACUGGGGACCUCUCAGUUCUUUCAACGCGACUGUAGCUCCUUACCUCGCAACCCAACCGAGUCCUACCAGUCAGACCAUAAGUAGUGGUAACUGGCUAGAGGGAUUAGAGGUCUUGUUGUAUGGCGCGUUGAACACAAGUACCGCACCCGACCCAUUGGAUACAUUCUAUGCAAAAUCGAUAAUGUCGCCCGAAGCUGAGCCUAUCACGAAGGAUGCCGCUCGAUCAUUUUUCACUUAUCUUGCAAACGAGGGAUUCGCAUCGAACACCAGCUGGUUCGUUGAGAUAGAGUUAUACGGAGGCAGCAAUUCUGCUAUCAACCGGGUACCUUUUGACGCGACUGCUUUCGCGCACAGGGAUACUCGGUUCAAUUUCCAACUUUACGCCUCGUCGUCGAAUAGCGCUCCUCCAUACCCAGCCUCUGGUUUUACGUUUGUCGAUGGAAUGGCUUCGAGUAUAAUCUCAGAAAUGCCGCACGAUUGGGAUUAUGGCGCUUAUAUCAACUACCCGGAUGAUAGACUGCAGGAUUGGGAGAGACUCUACUAUGGCGCGCAUUGGUCUCGGCUUACGGCUUUGAAACGAUCUGUAGAUCCCCAGGAUGUUUACGGCUUCCCCCUUUCUGUUGAGGAGUAAGUGCAAGUGUUGGUAUCUGCCGAGUUUUAAAUAGACUGUAGACGGAAUAGAAUUCUCAUCGAUAGAACGUGUACUUGUUGUCAAUGAAGGUAUGCUCUCUGAAGCAUCAGAGGUUCAACUUGUAGCCCCC